AUGGGAGGUAUUAUUGAACUGAGGCUGGGUCCCGUAUUGAAAAUGACCGACAGUAUCAUUAAACCGUUUCUGUGCGAGGUGAUCGACAAGACAAUCCUCCGAAAUGAAUGGGAGAAGUGGUUGUGGGCGUUUACAAUAUACCUCGAGGCCGAGGGUAUUGUUACCGAGAAGCGGAAGAGGAGUAAGCUACUGCUUUUGGGAGGAGUCCAGCUACAGUCAGUAGUAUACUCUCUACCUGGUGCGCUGGUGGAGCCCAGCGACGAAAAUAAAGAAGACAUCUAUAAUAUCCUCAUCGACCAUUUAAAUAAACACUUCUCACCGAAGCAAAACUCAACGUUUGAAAGACAUCUAUUCAGAGGCCUGACACCGUUGGACACAGAAAGCUUUGGUGAUUUCAUGCUGCGACUCCGCCAACAAAUGCAACGAUGUGCAUUCGGAUCCUCAAAAGCGGAGAUUGAGAAUAUAUGUCUAAAGGAUAAAAUCAUAGAUGUGUGGGCACCUCUAGACCUCAAGAAAAGACUUCUGGGAAAGGAGUAUUCACUAGAGGAAGUGAUCGAAGCAUGUCAGGUUGAGGAGCAGAUCAACAAAGAAUCAAAAGAAAUGACAUCAAGACCAAUUGCGGAACCCAUCUGUAAAAUUACACAUCGUGGUUUUAAACAGAGUGGGGAGUGCCCCAGAUGUGGAAAAUUCGGACUCACACACAACGACAAAUCAUGUCCGUCAAGAAAUGUGACUUGCAAUAAAUGCUCGAAGCCUGGACACUUUGCCAGGAAGUGCCGAACUAACUUGAACGACCGAUCCCUUAAGUCCCAAAGGAAUAACCUGAAAAGGCCCCGCACGUAUAUUCGCUCUGUCGAAGAGGAGGCCACCAGCUCCAAACUCAAAAAGGGCGAGACACAUUGCUUUAAAGUGUCAAGCGAAGAUGAAGAGGAGUUCAUACGAUGCCGAGUGGGAGGCCGUGAAAUUUCUUAG